CAACUAAAGUAGUUCCGGAUCGUCUUUGAGCAGCUGCAUGCUGGGAAAUGUAGUCCUCAUCUUUGUACUCCGUUCCCACCGUCUCCGACGCGAAAGAUGCCUGCCGUCCACCACAAAUUAUUACUCGAGGAGGCCCUGCAGGACAGUCCGCAGACGCGGUCCCUGCUCAGUGUGUUUGAGGAGGAUGCAGGCACGCUCACUAACUACACAAACCAGCUGCUGCAGUCUAUGCAAAGAGUGUUUGGAGCACAGAAUGAAAUGGCUCUGGCGACAGAACAGCUUUCUAAACAGCUCUUGGAUUAUGAGAAACAGAAUUUUGCUCUGGCGAAAGGCGAUGAAGAGGUGAUCAACACUUUACAGCACUUUGCUAAAAGCGUGGAAGAGCUGAACUCUCUGCACACUGAACUGGCCACACAGAUCGCUGACAAGAUGGUGUUUCCCAUGGUGCAGUUCAGAGAGAAGGACCUCACAGAGAUCAGCACACUGAAGGAGAUAUUCGGCAUUGCCAGUGAUGAGCAUGAAGCUGCCAUGGUGAAAUAUAGUCGUUUACCUAAAAAGAGAGAAAACGAAAAGAUAAAAGCGGAGGUGGUGAGAGAGGUGGCGUAUUCCCGCAGGAAGCAGCAUCAGGCCGCCAUGCAGUAUUAUUGUGCUCUGAACGCGCUGCAGUACAGGAAGAGGGUGGCCAUGCUGGAGCCCAUGCUGGGAUUCACACACGCUCAGAUAAAUUUCUUUAAGAAGGGGAUGGAGCUGGUGUCGAAGAAGAUGGACAGUUUUCUGAGCUCAGUUUCCAGCAUGAAUCAGAGUAUUGAGUCUCAGCUAGAGGUCGAAGCAGAGGUCAUGCGCUCGUCUCAGAGAGAGCUCCUGUCCGUGGAUGACACCGCCUACAUGCCGGAUCACGAUCAAGUCCCCGUGAAUCGCGCCCUCAUCCAGAAAGCAGGUUACCUCAACAUCAGGAAUAAGACGGGGCUGGUGACUACGGCGUGGGACCGGCUGUUUUUCUUCACGCAGGGGGGGAAUCUGAUGUGUCAGCCGCGGGGCGCAGUGGCAGGCGGGAUGGUUCUGGAUCUGGACAACAGUUCUGUCAUGGCCGUGGAGUGUGAGGACCGCCGCUACUGCUUCCAGAUCACUUCACCCAACGGAAAAACGUCUCUGAUUCUUCAGGCCGAGAGUAAGAAGGAAUAUGAGGAGUGGAUUUGCACCCUGAACAACAUUUCCAGACAGAUAUAUCUAACCGACAAUCCUGAGGCUGUGGCGAUCAGGUUGCACCAGACGGCCCUCCAGGCUGUGACGCCCAUCACCAGCUUUGAGAAGAGAGCUGAAGGCUCUCCUAACCCGGACCGUGCGAAACCAGGUGGUGUGACCCCUAGAGAGCCUCAGAAACCCCCUGCGACCCUCGAGCCCGAAGAUCUGAUCGCCCCGGGAACACCAAUCCAGUUUGACAUCGUUCUGCCUGCGUCCGAGUUCCUGGACCAGAACCGAGCUGGAGCAAGACGCACAAACCCCUUCGGAGAGACGGAGGAUGAUGACAACGGUUCAGACACACAUGAUUCCCUCCUGCAGCAGGUGUUUGCUGUGCGGUUCUUGGGUUCGAUGGCCGUUCGGGCCGGUCACACACAGGAAGUGAUCUAUGAAGCCAUGAGGCAGGUUCUCGCCGCUCGCGCAAUUCACAACAUCUUCAAAACCACCGAAUCCCAUCUGAUGGUCACCAGUACCUGCAUUAGACUGAUCGAUCCACAGACACAAGUCACCAAAAUCAGUUUCCAGCUGAAGGACGUGACUCAGUUUGCGGCCCAUCAGGAGAACAGCAGGCUGAUGGGGUUCGUUCUGGAGGGGAGCGACUGGAGCAACGGAAGCGACGAUGAACCCUCCUUCAGCGUAUUCGUGUUUGAGAGUAACACUGAAGGAGAGAAGAUUUGUUACACGAUAAACCUGGGGAAAGAGAUCUCAGAGGCGAAGAAGGACCCUGAAGCGCUGGCCCAGCUGUUGAAGUCAAUGCCCCUGACAAACGAUGGGAAGUUUUUGCUGCUGGAGAGCGAGACGGGAGACGUAGCGGAAGCGUCCGGACAGGACGACCUGGAGUCAGAGGCCUGAUGUGAACACAAACACACUUUCAUUUCCUGCUGCUGUUCUCCUGUCCUCCCUCCCUCUCUCCAGACAGACUAAAUGAAGGAAAGCAACCAGUGGUGGAGGGAACGGCACUCAUUUGUUUAACACUUACCCAGUUUUAGAUGCUCACGAUGGAGAAGAUGAAGGUUAAAGUUUUCGGUCUUCAGUUUGAAUACAUCAGACAUGAGUUUACAUGUUAAUAAUUCACCCAAAAAUGAAAAUUCUCACCCUUUCCUCGGCAAAUAACUGCUUCAAAUUUGGUUCGUUCCUCAUGCAUUGUUAUUGCAUGACUCUGAAUAUAGUGCAUGAGACAAAUGAUGGGAACCAACUUUAUUAUACGUUAACGCGGUACUUUUACGGUGCAAAAUACAGCUUCAGUUUCACUUGUAUGGAAAAGAGCAACUUUUCAUUUUUGGGUGUACUGUCCCUUUAAGAAAAGGGCCUUUCUUUUAUCAAAUCUCUUUGCAUUUUAAUUUACAUUGUAUUUUUAUGGUUAAAAUUGUUAAUGUCAGAUGUCGUUUCAGCUAAAAACUGAUUUUGUUUUAAAUAAUUGUUCAAUCUGUUGCUCAUAACAUAGGAACAUUUCAGAAUUUUUCACACUACAUUGUGAAACCUGAACCUUUGUUUGCACUUUCUUGGUUCCUGUUGCAUCUGACACAUUCAAUUCUGAUUUCAGCACAUCAUAAUUAACAUUCCUUACAUCUACCAUUCCACUUUUAUUGCGAUGCUGUUUAUAAUUAAGUCUUGCAAAACUGAUAUGAAUCCCAAUUUGCAUACUGCAGCUCAAAUCUCAGUACAUUCAACACAGUUGCUCGAGGGAGUUUUGAGAUAUGGAUUCAUGCAGCUAAUAUGGCUGUGAAAGAGGAGUUUGUGGUGUUGUUGGUAAAAUGGUGCUGCAGCAGUUUAUACAGGAAUAAACCUAAAUGUUAAUGAAUUUUAAGGUAACUGGUUUAAGUUAGCUAUAUUGUUGUAUGAAUAUGUGUGGCUAUGAUCGACUCGACGACAAACGCUAGACUGAUAAACUCUUCUCCGCUCCUCAAAUACCUAAAACAUUAGCCUUUAUAUAUAUUUAGUGCUUCUUGAGUAAAGAAAACACUGCACUUAUUAAAAAACAUUGCAUUGCAAACAAGCAGAAACGGUCCAAACUGCAGCGGCACUUCAGCUCAUUCAGGAUAGAGGAGGGUGGAGUUAUGAGUUUUGACUGACAGAUUGAAGAUCCAAUGGAGUUACGAGGCGGGAUCGCCUUCUAAAUAAGAGCCAAUCGCCGACUGGUAAAGUCAUCGCGUCACUGCAGCGGCCGUUUGAAGCUCCGGUUCCUGUAGAAACAGUCAGACGCGCGCCUCCGAAAUGAGUUAACAUGUUAAUACAGUGUAUCAUUUGUUUUAUCAACACUUGAAUGUGGGUAAGUGUCUUAAAAAAAGCAACAGUUUAAACAAAAAGGUGAGAAAAUCCUAAAGAUUUAGAAUUCAGAAUGAUGCGAAAUCAUAGAUUGGUGGGAAAGAGUUAAAAAAAAAGGGGCUCGAUAUCAAAA